AUGGAAACUUCAUUAAACGUUAUGAGAGUUUUUCUCGUCCUCUUGCUGUUUCUGGUGACGGUGACGGUGACAGCUGUUAGCCCCUCUUUAAACGACGACGUUUUGGGGUUGAUUGUGUUCAAAGCGGAUAUACAAGAUCCAAAGGGAAAGUUAGCAUCUUGGAAUGAAGAUGAUGAAAGUGCUUGCAGUGGUAGUUGGGUUGGAGUGAAAUGCAACGCUAGAUCUAACAGAGUGGUGGAGGUUAACCUGAAUGGGUUUUCUUUAUCUGGGAGAAUUGGUCGCGGGUUGCAGCGUUUGCAGUUUCUUCGGAGGCUUUAUUUGGGGAAUAACAAUCUUACAGGGAGUGUUACUCCUAAUAUUGCUACUAUUGAUAACCUUAGGGUUCUUGAUUUGAGUAAUAAUAAUCUUUCGGGUGUUGUUCCUGGUGAUUUUUUUCGACAAUGUGGGUCGAUGAGAGUUGUUUCUUUGGCCGGGAAUUUGUUUUCGGGGAACAUACCUUCUAGUUUAGGGUCAUGUUCAGCUGUUGCUAAUGUUGACCUUUCUGGUAACCAGUUUGUUGGUAAUGUUCCUAAGGAGAUUUGGAGUUUGAGUGGACUUAGGUCUCUUGAUUUCUCUGAUAAUUUGUUGGAAGGUGAGAUUCCGGAAGGUGUUGAGGCGUUGAAGAAUUUGAGAAGUAUUAACUUAGCUAGAAAUAGCUUUUUUGGGAAGAUACCUUAUGGGUUCGGAAGUUGUUCGCUUUUGAGGUCUAUUGAUUUUGGUGAGAAUUCUUUCUCCGGUAGUGUACCUAGUGAUUUGAAGGAUUUGGUGUUGUGUGGUUACUUUAGUUUGCGUGGAAACGCCUUCUCAGGAGAUCUUCCUGAGUGGAUUGGAGAGAUGAAUGGUCUUCAGACAUUGGAUCUUUCACGGAAUAGAUUUUCUGGUUUGGUGCCGAACUCUUUAGGGAAACUUUGGUUAAUGAAAACAUUGAAUCUUUCUGGAAAUGGCUUCACUGGCAAUCUUCCCGAGUCCAUGGUGAAUUGCACAAGCCUUUUGGCUUUGGAUGUUAGCCAAAAUUCAUUGUCUGGAGAUCUUCCUUCUUGGAUUUUCGGGUCGGAUUUGGAUUUGGAGAAGGUAUCGGUGGCAGAUAACAAAAUGAGUGGUAGGGUGAAAAGCCCUUUGUAUUCCUUGACUGAAGUUGUGGUUCAGAGUCUUCAAGUUUUGGAUUUGUCUCACAAUGCAUUUUCUGCUUCAAUCGGUGAUUUGAAAACAUGUUCUAGUCUUGAUUUGAGUUAUAAUAAGCUAAACGGAAGCAUACCUUGGGAAAUUGGGGGAGCUCUUUCCUUGAAAGAACUUAUUUUGGGAAACAACUUCCUUAUUGGGAAAAUCCCAAUUUCAAUUGAGAACUGCUCUUCAUUAACAACUUUGAUUCUGUCGAGGAACAAGCUGAGUGGGUCAAUACCAGCAGCAGUUGCAAAACUCUCCGGCUUGAAAACUGUGGACAUAUCAUUCAACUACCUUAAUGGAAGCCUUCCUAAACAAUUGGCUAACCUUCCCAAUCUCUUGACCUUCAAUUUAUCUCACAAUAACCUUCGGGGCGAACUGCCGGCUGGUGGUUUCUUUAACACCAUUUCGCCAUCCUCCGUUGCUGGCAAUCCAUUUCUUUGUGGGUCUGUUGUCAACAAAAAAUGCCCUGUUAAGCUCCCAAAGCCUAUUGUUCUGAAUCCCAACUUUUCUGGUGACUCUGACCCAGGUUCGCCUACUCCAUUGUCGGGUCACAAGAGAAAUAUUCUCAGCAUUUCAGCACUCAUUGCCAUUGGUGCAGCUGCUUUCAUUGUAAUUGGUGUCAUUGGCAUCACUGUUCUCAACCUCCGUGUUCGGUCCGCCACAUCUCGAUCUCCAGUGGCCCUUGAUUUUUCGGCAGGGGAUGAUUAUAGUCGUUCACCAACCACAGAUGCCAACUCUGGCAAGCUUGUCAUGUUUUCAGGUGAACCUGAUUUUAGCUCUGGUGCACAUGCUUUGCUUAACAAAGAUUGCGAGCUUGGGCGUGGAGGAUUUGGUGCUGUGUACCAAACAGUACUAGGAGACGGUCGCUCAGUUGCUAUAAAGAAACUCACCGUGUCGAGCCUUGUUAAGUCACAAGAAGAUUUCGAGAGGGAAGUUAAGAAAUUGGGAAAAGUCAGACACCAAAAUCUUGUUGAACUCGAAGGCUAUUAUUGGACUUCAUCACUUCAACUCCUCAUAUAUGAGUUUGUCUCUCGCGGUAGCCUUUACAAACAUCUCCACGAAGGAUCAGGCGAAAACUUCCUAACAUGGAACGAAAGGUUUAACGUCAUUCUCGGGUCGGCGAAGGCCUUAGCUCACUUGCACCACUCCAACAUUAUUCACUACAACAUUAAGUCAACCAACAUCCUCAUCGAUAGCUAUGGUGAACCUAAAGUAGGCGAUUACGGCCUAGCAAGGCUGCUACCAAUGCUCGACCGCUACGUUUUGAGCAGCAAAAUUCAAAGCGCACUCGGCUACAUGGCACCAGAGUUUGCCUGCAAAACAGUGAAAAUCACCGAGAAAUGCGAUGUUUACGGAUUCGGAGUUUUGGUUUUGGAGAUUGUGACAGGUAAAAGGCCUGUAGAGUAUAUGGAGGAUGAUGUUGUUGUACUUUGUGACAUGGUUAGAGGAGCAUUGGAUGAAGGAAGAGUAGAGGAAUGUAUUGAUGAGAGGCUACUAGGGAAGUUUCCAGUAGAAGAAGUGAUUCCUGUGAUUAAGCUUGGUUUGGUAUGUACUUCACAAGUGCCAUCUAAUAGGCCAGAAAUGGGAGAGGUAGUAACCAUAUUGGAGCUUAUAAGAUGCCCUUCAGAGGGACAAGAAGAGUUGUUGGGAUGA